AUGGCAAGUGGAGUUACUCACAGAACAGCUACAACAAGACAUACAGAAAGAUACCCCCAGGGUCUGGAAGAGAGAUCCAAUAGGACGGACACAACGGAAUCGACACGGCUAGUACAACGGACAUUGACAGGUGAAGCCUAUACAGAGACGGCUCAGUGUGUUUGCGGAAAAAUCUGUAAGAAUGCCAGGGGUCUCAAGAUACAUCGGUCUAGGAAGGGUUGUCAGCCUGAUCCGGAUCAGAGACAGUACACAGACUUGUCUGGUGAGACACAGGAGGACCACAGCCAGGAAGAACACCACAGUGCUGAGGAUCUCCACGAAUCUGAAGUGGAACAGGUGGAUGAGCCUACAAGAACAGAACAUAAUCUUGGUAGCCAGGGCAGCCGUACAGACGACAGACUAGAGCGCAUCAAAUGGCCAGCUAUAAACGACAAACAGUGGAAGGAGUUUGAUGAGGAUGUAGAUGGCAUCGUGGAACAGGUGUCACUUGGAACAGUAGAGAGGAAACUGAGGAGUAUGUGUAGAUUGAUAUAUGCAGUCGGGAAGGAAAGAUUUGGGGUGACACCAUCGGAAAGGAAGCAGACUACAGUCGCCAAGAACAGACGGCAGAUAGAAAUAGAGAAGUUGAGGAAGGACCUUCGCAACUUGGGGAACCAGUACAGACAGGCAUCAGAGUUAGAGAAAAUUGGUCUACAGGAACUACGAGACCACACCAGACGCAGACUUCAAGACCUGAGGAAAGCCGAAAGGAUACGGAAAGCCAGAAGGGAGAAGGCCAGACAAAGAUCACGAUUUCUUUCCAAUCCCUAUGGUUUUAGCAAGGAAAUCCUUGAAGAGAAGAAAGCGGGACAGCUGAAUUGUUCUAAAGAGGAGGUUGAAGAGCAUCUGAAGAACACGCACUCUGAUCAGGCGAGACAUAUGCAGAUGGAGGACAUGAACGCAUAGCCCCAGUACCCAUGCCCAUUGUUGCAUUUACUGAGGGAGAACCAACCCUCAAGGAGGUCCAAGAUAUAAUCAAGAAGGCUAGAUCCAAGUCAGCACCAGGCCCAAAUGGAAUACCUUACAAGGUCAUGCUCAGUGUGAUGCCGAAGUGGCGGUGGACCAGUAUUUUGCUGAAGUCCUCAUCAUCAGGGUAUUCUGCAACCUUCUCAGAGUUCAUGAUGUAGCGAUAGCCAUCAAAUGUGCUGAAAUACUUGCCUACUUCUCUGUGGC